AUGUCAAGGUUCAAGAUUUCAGCUGCGUUAUGGGACAAGAUACAUCACUUUGCCUCCUUCCCUCAGACGGGCGUCUCCCUUCAGCAGAUGGUGCUGUUUGGACAGCAUCCCACCCAGGGAACACUCCUAAAAGCCUCGCAGUUCUUGUCCGAAGAACUGCCUAUACGCCUAUCGCAUCGUGUAGUCGAGCUGGAGAGUCUGCCCGAUGGAUUGAGCAAGAUGCCAAGCAUAAAUAAGGUCAAAGAAUGGUAUGCACAGAGUUUCGAGGAGUUGGUGACAUUCCCAAGACCAAGAUUAAAGCCUGAGAUAGAAGAAAUACUGAGAACGCAGGCGUCACAGCCCACACAGUUCCCAUCUGCUACUCCCAAUCCAUCGCUUGACCCUCUGAUGCACGAAGGCCCUGUAGGGUCCAACUUAGUGACAGGUUCAGGCAAUUAUAAUGGGUAUGGAAAUGGGAAUGGUGUACCUGUGGGAGCAGCUAUGGCGUUGCCCGGAACCAGACUGAGAAUACCGAUAGAAAGGAGAUACUUCUCCCCACCUCCCGCCAACAUCGUCUACCCCCCUGAAGUGCACGACUACAACGACCGAUUCACCAACCUUCUACAGAAUAUAAAGAAGAGACAUGAUCCCACGGUGACGACAGUUGCUCAAGGUGUCUUGGAGUGGAAGAAGCGACAGGGACAUGGUAGAAUAGGUCAGAACAUACAGGAAUGGUUAGAUAGAUUCUACAUGAGUCGGAUAGGUAUACGGUUCUUGAUAGGCCAGCACGUCGCUUUGAAUACCUUACAGCCGCAUCCUGACUACGUAGGAAUUAUCUGUACAAGAGCUAACGUGCAUGAUAUAUGUCACGAAGCUAUUGAGAAUGCCCGAUACGUCUGCGAAGAACACUACUCCCUCUUCCGCGGUCCACCCAUCCAGCUUCUCUGUCCCAAAGACCUGACCUUCGCCUAUGUUCCCGGACACCUAUCCCACAUCCUAUUCGAACUACUGAAGAACUCGCUUAGAGCUGUGGUGGAGAGAUACGGAGUGGAUAACGAAGACAGUUUCCCACCUAUAAAGGUGGUCGUUGUGGAAGGAAGUGAGGACAUAACGAUCAAGAUCUCGGAUGAAGGCGGUGGUAUACCCAGGAGUGCUAUACCGAUGAUAUGGACCUAUCUAUACACCACCAUGAGCGACGAAGGUUUAGAAGCGAAUAUUGAGAGCUCAGAUUUCAAAGCGCCCAUGGCUGGGUUCGGUUACGGAUUACCAUUGUCUAGAUUGUACGCAAGGUUCUUUGGCGGUGAUUUACGAUUAAUUUCGAUGGAUGGAUAUGGUACGGACGUGUACAUAUCUUUGAAUAAGUUGUCUUCUAGUCGAGAACCACUACAAUAA